UGUAUACUCUAAGGCGUGACUGUAGUAUAACAUUUUUAUUGUUGUGGUAUUUGAUUAAACUAGAAAAAAAAGCUGAAAUGAGUAUACCUGAAACGUUUAAGAACGGGACAAUUUUUGUUACUGGUUGUACAGGGUUUAUGGGAAAAGUACUAACGGAAAAAUUGCUUAGGUCAUGUGAUGUGAAGAACAUUGCAGUUCUUGUUAGAGGUAAAAAUGGAUUGGACGCCAGUCAAAGAGCUGGAGAUAUCUUUAAGCAAUCUUUAUUUGAUCGCCUUAGAAGUGAAAAACCCGAAUUUAUGACAAAAAUAAAAAUAAUUGAUGGAAAUUUAGAAGAACAAUCAUUGAAAAUUUCAACAGACAAUCGUGAUUGGUUGAUCAAAAAUGUGAAUUUUGUUUUUCAUUGUGCUGCUACAGUCAAAUUAAAUGAACCUCUUAAAGUGGCAACACGAAUAAACAUUCAAGGAACAGAAAAUGUAGUAACACUAGCAACAAAUAUAAUUAACCUCAAGGGUUUUGUGUACGUAUCUUCAGCUUAUUCACACUAUCCGAGAAAUGAAAUUAAAGAAGAAUUAUAUCCCCUUUCGAUAACAGCUAAAGAAUUAAAACAAUUAAUUAUAUUAGAUGGAAAAGUUGACAGGCUUUUAGUAGAUUGGCCUAAUACAUACACUUUAUCUAAAGCUAUCACCGAAAAUAUGAUACUAACAAACGAAAACCAAUUACCGAUUUCAAUAUUUCGUCCUUCAAUUAUAGGUUGCACAACAUCUGAACCAGAACCAUAUUGGUUGGAUAAUUUACAAGGAUUAUCUGCUGUAGUUACUUCAGUCAUCGUUGGAUUUUUAAGAUCACUGCCAAUGUCCAUGAAUAAAAAAACAGAUAUUGUCCCAGUUGAUUACACAGUUAAUGCACUAAUUAGUGUAAUGUGGGAUACGGUAAACAGAUAUAAAAAUAGUAACGAAAGAAAUAAGCAACCAAAAAUUUACAAUUUCGUGUUUAGUGUUGACAAACCAAUAUAUUGGGGAAAGUUCUUCGAUUAUAUUUAUGAAAUUUAUUAUCAAGUGCCUCCGUUAAAUACAAUGUGGUAUAUAUGUUGUGUAUUUUCUGAUAAUCGUUGGAUCGUUGCUAUUAUGGGAUUUUUAUUACACAAAAUACCUGCUGCGCUUUUAGAUUUGUCAUUAUUGAUUUGUGGUAAAAAUCCAAAAAUGUUGAAAAUGUAUGCAAAAAGAGAAAAAAUGACGGUAUUGUUUAAACCGUUUUCAACCGUCGAAUGGAAAUUUGAUAAUAGUAAUACUCGAGAACUAUGGACGUUACUAAGUCAAGAUGAUCGCAAGACGUUUUGGUUCAGUUUCGAACAAUUUGAUUGGAAAUCUUAUGUACAAGGUUUCGUUUUUGGGAUUAGGAAACAUAUUCUAAAAGAAGACUUAAAUAAUGUAACAAAAGCGUUAUCAAAAAAUAAAAAGUUAUUUUGGUUGCAUCAGUUGUGCAUUUGUUUUGUUAUUUACAUCGCACUUCAUGUAUGUUGGGUGUUUGUUGAACUACUAAUGUAGACUUAAAAAUAAUGCUCUAUAAUAUGAAUAACAACUUCCCUCGUGGUUGCUAUUGUUAUUCUUUUUCUUCUUAUUAUUGUUAUAGAAGCCACAACAACAUAGAUUAUUGGCUUAUGAUAGUUAAAAUAUAUUUAUAUGGCGAACAAGUUUAGUAUGUAAGUAUGUUUUACAGUUUUAACUGUGAAAAGACAAGGGAGACAGUUUUACAAUGUGAAAUUACAAAAAAUAAAAUAAAUAAAAGGUAAUUCAAUUAAGUUGUAUGAUUUAGUUAGUUCUAAGAAGUUGAAUAUUUUAUCGAUGUUUUCUGGAUCGGGGCCAAGUGUUUCAUGGUGACAGUCGAGUAUCUUGAGGUCAGUUCUAAUAUGUCGCUGUAUUUAUGACAAAAGCAGAUGAUAUGAUUUACCGAGAGUAUCUCACCCCCUAAAGCACGAAUCCGUAUGUUUUACCUUUUUGGGAAAUACGCUUCCGUUUUAUUUUUAUCAUUAAAUAGAUUGUCAAAAUGAUUCAAAAAAUCACACGAUUACUAUUAUUAUUAUUAUUAUUCAGAAUUGAUAUACUUGUUUUCCUUUGUAUGAUAUGCUGUCCGAAGUUGCUGCUCAGAAAUGAUCUGUUAAUACCACAAACUUAUUUACUCAAUUCUACAUGACAUGAUUUAUAGAUAAAUAAUAAUAAUACAUGUAUACAUUAUGAUUUAUGACGUAAUAUUAUAAUAACUAACUAUACAGCUUAGUAUCUCUUCAUUUUCUUUUUUUUUUUUUUAAUAUAACUAACAUAAAUUUAAUUUUUAACAAUUUUACUUAUUAUCGAUCAUUUUUUUUAAUUAAUUUUUUAACUUUUUGUAAACUACAAAUUACAUAUAAUAAAAAGCCAUGAUAAAUUUUGUAAGCGAUUAAAACGCAUACAAAUUAAUUUGUAGGUAUCGGCCAAAUAAAAGUUAUAAUGCUCCCUAUAACGUGACCUUAAAUUGUAUUAUUGAUCAAAUUUAAUUUUGACAUGGCUGUAUAAUGUGCAUGGUGCUCAAUUUCUUUCUGAGCAAAGGCCGCACUUCACAAAGACUUAAUACCAUUUCACUUUCUUCACGGCUACACAUAAUCAUUCCAUACAGUCAUCGUUCAUUACAACUGUCUCAUCGUAUUCGUUCGUGACGUAUACCUACAUGAUGUAUUUUCUCCUUUUAGUCUCCACCAUGACUGCACUAGAACAUACAAACAAAAUAUUAUAUAAGACGUAUAUCAGUAUAAUCAGUAUACAACGUAUAAUAUUGCAAUGCGUAUUUGUAUUAUAUUUUUAUUUAAAAUAUCCAAUAUAAUCAUUACAGCCGUCGUGGUUAAAUAUUUUAUUCAGUCGAUACAAUAAAAUUUACUCAUAAUUUUAGCACAUAUUACAAUACGCAUGACCGGAUUUCGAAGAGUGGAGGCCUCGGGGCAUCAAAGAAGUGGGGACCCCCUAACCCUAAGUUAUUUUCCAAAUAAAAUGAACAAUUUUUGUUCAAAGUAUAUUCAAGGUUAUAUGCAAACAUGGCAACUUUCGACGGGACGGCGGGGUGACAGUGCAUUUGUAAUUUGAAAGAUUUUUUUUCCGAAGUCACUACUGUGGAGACCCAGAGGCUGUCGCCCCGCUUUCCCUUCCCUAAAUCUGGGCCUGCUAAUAUUUAUAUAUCUAUAUUGUAUAGUAAUAUAAUUUAAAAGUAUAUAAGUUUUACAAAUUAUUAUUUACUUAGAUUCUAUUGUAGAUAUUAUGUAUACACUGUAUGUUUUACUUAAUUUAUAAAAUUGAUUGUUAAUGUUUGUUAUUAUACCAUACACAUAGAGUGCUAAUAGAUCAUGCAGAAUAAAUUGGACUAAUAUUCUAUAAACACACAUUGUCUUUGACCUUGGUUGGGAUUCAAAUUCAUUAUCGGUAGAAUAUUUCAACAACCUUAAUUCGCUAGUUUUCUUCGUAUCGAGCAACCAACCCUUUAAGUAAAUUGUCUAAUGGUUUUAAAGUUGAUAAAUGAUAAUAAAUUGAAUUCAACAGUUGGUUACAACUUUUAACGCGAACAAACAUAAUAUUAAUAUUAUACGAGUGAUAUAGGACAGUAUUAUAAUAUUACCGUGGGUAAGUAUGCAUUCGCUGUGUAUGGUUUGAUUUAUAAACAGAGUACGAGGUUGUGUGAUCGAAAUGAUAGAACACGGUAUACUAACAAAAAGACAGAAUGUCUUUAUCAACAAUCGUGAGCAAACAUAUUAUUAUAGUGCACAAUAAUUAUCUAAAGAUUUGAUACACACAUCGAUGUCUGUGACUCUGUGUUAUUUGGACAAUUUUUCAGAAUGUAAAUGAACAGGUACUUGUAUGUUACAUAACGCACAACACACAAGACAGGGCGAAAAGUGGUAUUAAAUUCUUUUUUACAUCAAAGAGAAAUCUUAAAAACCCUAUCAUAAUGUAUACCUUAAACUUUCUUGAAAAUCAUUGCUUUAAAUUAUAUGUAAUGCUGCUUUAAGCG